UGGAGAUACAGAACAAAACUACCCCUAUCUUGACGCGAAAACAUGAUGUCGGGAAUCGAGGUGCCUGGCACAGUCCUCGGCGCCAUUCCAAUCGCCCUGUUGGCCCUCGAUGGGUACAAGAGGGCGGCCAAGAAGGCUAAUCUGUUCAUCAGCAUCCGCAAGGAAUAUGUCAGCUGCGAGAAGCAACUGCAAUUCCACCAAGUCAGCAUCAAGAAGCACCUGCGACAGCUCCUGCUUCCUUUAUUUCAAGAUGAAGACGACAGGCUUGGAAUGCUCUUGAGCAACCCUGGAGGCGAAGAUUGGAAGCACAAGGAUGUGACUCGGCUGCUUGAGAGGCAGCUUGGCGAUUCCUGCGAUCUUUGCUUGGGAUACUUGGCUGAUAUGCGAGAUAUCCUGGUGGAGAUUGGCAAAGAGCUUUCAUUCCAGUCGCCAGAUACUCGUCAGAAGCUUGUGACAAAUGAAGCCGACUCAACUGAAGAAUGCCAUGAGCAAAGACAACAUGUCGUUCCAGCACACAGAAAGGCUGUCAAACCCAAGCCUGAGUUUCGAAUUCUUUUCAAGACAGAUCAUGGCGAAUCAACUGGGAAGAGGGUCUGGAGAACUCGGAUCACCGAGGGAAGCGAAGAUGAGCAGGGCUGUGUGAGUAUACCCUUGGCCAACGUGUCGCCAGAAGGCACCGUCGUCAGGGCAGCUCUUCGACACAAGUCUCUGGCGGGACGCUCCAGACCGGCCACGCCGCGAGUGGUUCAAUUCUCACAGCCGUCGCAAACCGUCACCCUCACUGUUCAAAACUGUGACAAGCCGACCACUCUCCCUCUCGGGCCGAUCAAAGUGCUCUGCACACUGAUGAAGCCCCCUCCAAAAAGCUCGCCGUGCAAGGGAUACCUUGGAUUGCCGAAUGACGAAAGAAAAUACUAUGUCUAUACCAUGGAAGAUGACCUACCAAUGUGUCCUGACUCACCCUACGCCUUUGACAAGGACUCGGUCUUGUUCCUGGCCGGAAAGCUGGACGAGCCGCAUAUAAGUAGGGCCUUCUCAACUUUGACGGAAGCGAAACAAAAUCCCACCGAUGGCGUGAGUGCACCACUCUCCCGGCUAGGCAACACGCUCCUGGAGCUGUGCUUUGGCACGACGCUGCAGUCGCAGGAGCUGAGGAAGAGCCUACCGAGCGGGGACACCGAGCGGAUGCGCGACCUAUUUGACGUGACGGCCACGUGCGAAUGGCUAAAAGACGUGGCGGAGGACAGAGGUGAGGACUACGCCGGGGCGGUGACCUGGUGUCUCGUCGGCCAUCGGAGCGGGCUUGGACGAUCUCGCUUCUAG